UAUUUUAUGAGUCAAAAGAGAAGUUUUUAGACGCUUGUAAUUUAUUUAACGUAGUUUUAAAAGUGGAUCAAAACACAGAAUCAGCAUUUUACCUGGGGAUACACGCGGCUGAACUUACUAUUAGGUGCGAAGAUCGACAGGCUCUGCCAGUGAAUAAUCCAUAUCGGAUACUAUUAGCAACACAGUUUCUUCCGUUUAUACUACGGCGGAAAAUCACAGUGUAUGACAACGACUCUCCGACCACAACGAUCACACCAACAACUUCUUCGGUAUCCAACGUACGAAUAACCGCAAAACAUUCCAAGUCAGUCAGUGCAUCUACACAAACUGCCAAAACAUAUGCAUCCAAGAAACGGACAGACAAUCGAGUACAGUUCAAGCAACUUGUCUCGUGGCUCUAUCGCACACAAAGUUAUUACCUGGCAGUGAAGGAGUGGAGGUCAUUAUUUGAAGUAUCUCUAGAGGUGUUGAGCAAGUGUGGGUAUCUGAAACUGGAAAGUUCAGCAGCGAUCAGGGUAGUAGAUCUUUUUGAUCAGCCACUCAAGUUUGCCGAAAAACUUUUCGAUCUCAUCACUCGAAAGAAAUUCGCAGACAAGCGCCAGUCAGCCAUUGCCAUUUCCAUUGGGGUCGCAUGCUUUAUUUAUCAUUGUUUCGAAUAUUACGAACGUGUUUUUGGAGACAAGUCUAGAUCCGAUGACGGGAACAGUACCUGUCCGAUACCGGCAACUGGAAACGAGUCCAAUAGAUUAAUACUGACUCCCAUCAUGCAGUCUACUGCUUCAUAUCAUGCAUCAAAACUAGGGUCAGAUGCUGCGACUGCAAAGAACAUUAACACGUUUCCGAAUCAGACAAGGAGCACCAAGAAGAAUGCUGUUAGAAAAGACAGCUCGUAUCCACAACGAACAAAAAAAAGAAAAAUCCGUCAAUCGAAUAGCUGUGAACGUUAUGAUGUUAUGAAAGUUAGCAAUCUUCUUAUAUCCGAAGAGGUUCCGCAACAAGCUGAUGACGUGAGUGAUAAUUCUGAUGAUGAUAGCGUCUCGCUAGCGCAAGAAGCAGAGGAUGCGGAUAGCCAAGAAGUGAACGAUGACAUAGCCAGCGAAGCUAUACUAUAUUUGGAAAUAGCUGGCGAUUGCUGGAUACGGUUAAAAAAAAUGAUUGACAACGCCAACAGUGAUGUGGAACAAGCCGUAUUAAUACUAGCACUAAUGCCCCAGUUUUCUCUCACACCCAUGUUCCGUCCCCAGGCAACAGAUGAACCACUCUCACAAUCCCAUAGUAAUAGUAAUAAUAAAUAG